AUGGCAUCGCAGCCACCGAACAAAGCCAAAGCAUCACGAUGGGGCUCGCUGCUCUCGGGCGCCGUCGCCGGUCUGGAAUCGCGUCUGGACACAAUCCUAGCUGAGGACAACGAAGCGUCUGCUCGCAGUAGAGCCCAGGACAAGGCUGCCACUGUAGAGAAGCCAUUGGCCGAAAAGUCGACUGCUCUCGCAGUUCCCACCGCUUCUACAGAUGUAUCGCGUAGCCCGUCGCGCUCUCGUCUGAAUGAUCGAUUACAGGAGAGACUGGCCAAGGCGGUUGCCAGCCAGAAUCCUUCUCGCUCUUCAACUCCCCUGAAUCAACCUGCCAGUCCGAGGUCUAGUCUCGACUCAAGACAGUCGACCGACAUACCAAGGCCCCUUCCAGAAACAAAAGAAGACACCCCAUCAACACUCAGUGCUGACGUCCCGGUCCUCGGUGUCUCGGAUCCAAUCAAGGACACUUCCACAGAGCUCAUACCUGAGCCGCCAGCUCUUGACUCCGCUCCUGAACUCGUGAUCACCGAAGUCCCUCCAACUCUCUUGACCUCGGGCCUACCUAUCAACCCUGCUCGUGUGUCCAAUGAAAGCGAAACCAGGCCCUCUGUUGAGCUCGAUGUUGAAGCUCAAACAGAAGAGUCGAUCCAAGAGCUCAAAGAAGAAGAACCCGAAGCCAUCGUGCCGAGAGAUGUUUCAGAUAUAGACAACGAGCUUGCACAAUUGCGCCAGGAGAAUGCCGAAGCCGAAAAGCAAAGGCAGGAAGAAAUGCUUGCCAACCUUGAACGUAUCGACGCUCUACAAGCUAAACUUCAGUACCUUGCGAAAGAGACGGUCGCUGCUGCAAAAGAGGCGAACUCAUCUCAGGCAACUCCUCAGGAGCGCAAAGUUGCGGAAAAGGACGAGCGCAUUGCUCUCUUGAUGCAAGAGGGUGAAAAGCUGAGCAAGGUUGAGAUGCGCCAAGGAGCUGUUAUCAAGAAGAUGCGCUUGAAGACACAACAGGACGAGAAGGCCAUGGCUGAACUCCGGAAACGUCUUGCCAGACUUGAGGAUUCUGAAUCUGACCUGAAGCAACGACUGAGGCGGACUGAGCAAGCUGAAAAACAGGGCACCGAGCAUUUGAAGCGAUUCUCAAAUCUUGAGAAAGAUCUUGAGAGUCACAAGUCGGAGCUCGCGAGUAGCAAUGCCACAAUCGCUAGUCUGCGAAGUCAACUGCUCGAAGCUGAGAAGAAAGCCGAGGAAGCUGAAUCCAAUGCACAAGACAGUGUUGUCCAAGCAGAUACUAACAAGCUGUCUGCCAUUCAAGAACAGCUCGAGGAUUCGAAGUUGGAAAAGAAGCUAGCAGACGAUAAGUGGAGCGCGGAAAUCAAGCGAAUUACUGAAGAAGCUCGUCAGCAGAAGCAGCAGGCGGGCUUUCGUGAAACAGAGCUUACCAAUGAGAUUUCGGUAAGUUCCAGUCGUGAUGUAAAUCAAGUCGUCUGUGUGAUGCUCAUAUACGAAUAUAGANACUAUGAAAGCCGUCUCGAAGCACUUCGCGUUCGUGCUGAGGAAGCAUCUUCCGAUGUUGGAGGAGAUUCUCAAGCCAAGCUCCUUCGUCAGAUUGAGACACUGCAGACUCAAUAUUCUCUGGCAGCGGAGAACUGGCGAACUAUUGAGACUUCACUAAACGGACGUAUUGCCGCCAUCGAAAAGGAACGAGACGAAGCGACAAAGCGUGAAGCCGAUGUACGCAAGAAAGCUCGUGACAUUAGCAGCAAAGCCAAGCGCUUUGAAGAACAACUCGAAGAGAUGACCGAGGAGUCUCAACUCUUGACCUCGCAACUUCAAGCUAGCAAGGCGGAGAUGAAGAAAUUGCAAUCACGUCUCGAAACUGCAGAGACAUCACUGAAUGAAGCAAGAACAGAUCUCGACCGUCAAAAGCAGACUUUCGAAACAGAGCUGAGCCAAAAGCUAGAAGAAGAGAGAACAAAGCAACUGUCGCAAGGUCUAGGAAUCGUCAGCCCCAGCAACGGAGCCAUAGCUUCACGGACCCAAUCUCCAACCAGCUAUUUCCGAAAACAACCGCCACAAGAUCCCUAUGGGUCCGUACAAUCACGACGUGGACUCUCACGUAUACCCUCCCAAGAGCAGACCACAACACUCUCGAUAGACCGCUCAGUAUCCCGACGACCCUCAACCCUCACACCCGGCCUAAUAAAUUCACGCACACCCAUGACCCCCGACUUCCCCUCCCCAAGCGUCAGCAGACAAGGCUCUAUGUUCUCUCUCGCCCAACUCAUCAACGGCGGCAACGGAGCAGCACCACAAACACCUUCCAUCCGCACCACCAACGACGAUGCCGACGACGCUUUUGACAAUCGCUCAAGUCCCCAGCAAACCAUCAACGAUGUCAUUAGUGCCUCCACCGUGCACACAGGCCCCAGUGUUCAGCUGGUCCAACAUAUGUCAUCCAAAAUCCAACGCCUCGAAGCCGAGAAAUCAGCCCAUAAAGACGAACUCACACGUUUGGUUGCCCAACGUGAUGAAGCUAGAGACGAGGUGGUUUCCAUGAUGCGCGAGAUAGAAACGAAGCGCAGUGUCGAUGGCAAGACUGACAAGCUGGAGGAAGAGCUUGGGCAAGUCAAACAGAGAUACGAGGCUUGUCUUGAGAUGCUGGGAGAAAAGGAAGAGGAAGUGGAGGAGCUGAAGAGUGAUCUUGUGGAGGUCAAGAAGAUGUACCGGGAGCUUGUUGAUAGGAACAUGAAGUGA